CAGGACUGUCAUGGUGGCAAGAUUUUAACCAGAGAAGUCGGUAUGAAAAGCAACUGUGUUUUGUUUCCAAAACAGGUAUUACAAGUGGAUAAAUAAUGUGCAGUGCUCUGAGCCCCAAGGUACGCGGUGGACCUGGCCUGUCUGAUAUGCAUCAGUAUAGCCAGUGGCUGGCCAGCAGACAUGAAGCUAAUUUGCUGCCGAUGAAAGAAGAUCUGGCCUUGUGGUUAACCAACCUAUUAGGGAAGGAAAUCACGGCAGAGACUUUCAUGGAGAAGCUGGACAACGGUGCCCUGCUCUGCCAGCUUGCCGCGACUGUGCAGGAGAAGUUCAGGGAGGCCGCGGACUCGCACAAGCCCGCCAAGAGUCUGCCACUAAAGAAGAUUCCAUGCAAAGCCAGCGCACCCUCCGGCUCCUUUUUUGCCCGAGACAACACAGCGAAUUUCUUGUCCUGGUGUAGAGAUCUAGGAGUGGAUGAAACCUGUCUAUUUGAAUCUGAAGGUUUGGUCCUCCACAAGCAACCAAGAGAAGUGUGUCUCUGUUUGCUGGAGCUUGGUCGGAUCGCAGCCAGGUAGGGAUUGAACCCAAAAGGUAUAACACAACUAAAUGGAAAGCGAGAACAUGAGGAAGAGCUCUCAUCCCCACCUCCAAGUUCUGUUCCCUCAUAUAGAAGCAAUGGUGGCAGAAUGAAUGGACUCGCUCUUGGAUUUCAGGUGAAAAGAAUUUCUGAGGACCCUCCUUGCAAGUGUCCGAGCAAGUUCUGCGUGGAGCGACUCUCCCAAGGAAGAUACCGAGUGGGCGAAAAGAUCCUCUUCAUUAGGAUGCUGCACAACAAACAUGUCAUGGUGCGUGUGGGAGGCGGAUGGGAAACUUUUGCUGGGUAUUUGUUGAAACAUGACCCUUGCCGAAUGCUGCAGAUCUCCCGUGUGGAUGGCAAAACAUCCCCCAUCCAGAGCAAAUCUCCAACCCUUAAGGACAUGAAUCCAGAUAAUUACUUGGUGGUCUCUGCCAAUUAUAAGGCUAAGAAGGAGAUUAAAUGAAACUAACUGGUUGCAACAGGGGACUUUGAUAGGGGCCCUAAACCCACAUCUCCAGCGUAGUCAGGUUAGUCCACAUGCUCAGAAAACCACUUUGGGAAAGGUGUAACAGACAGCAAAACGUCAUGGUACUGAAAUGUAGUAGCACUAUUUAUUUUGAAUGCUUCUGUAGGAAAAGACAUUGUUAAAAUACCCUAAAUUCAAUUUUACACUAGUCAAAUGGUAGGCAAAUUAUUAUUUCUCAAUAUAUGAGCCUAGUAUUUAGAGCACACACAGUAUUAGUAACACAAUUCUAGUCACGGAUGCUAAAGACAAGACUAUUAGUAGCAGAAAACACUUAGGAUUUGCGGAAAAGUCAACAGAAAGUGCCUGCUGCAUGUCUUUGAGUAAAAGCACCCCAGACAUUUUUAUAAUUGGAGGAUUUUUAGGCUACUUUUUACAAAAUGAUUAGUAUGACAAUGGGUUACUAAAAAUAGGCAACAGCACCACCAGUUAAGCACAGGCUCGUCACAGCUGUAACACUUUCCUGGAAAGGCCACUUCAGAAAAGUUUACAUCCAUUUGGAAGAAUGCCUUACGUUUAUCUCUGACCAAAUAUCUGGGGUCCUUUUGGAAGCUUUAGGUACACCCCCUUGAAGCGCUGAUGAAGUCUACACAUUCCUAAGCAUUGGGCUGGGUUUCGAAAGACUUGGUGUAAUUCCCACACAUGAGCUGACAUUUAUAUUUUGAUGAGUGAAUUGUACAGUCAAAUGGUCACUGACCUUAUGUUAUUUUAAAGCAUUUUCGUAUUAAAAUAUAUCUUCAGUUAAUCCUAUACUUUGCUAUGCUGUCUAGUAAAUUUGCUGUAGCUAAUGAUGUUACAGGCUUGUGUAUACCCUUGUAUACCUGGGACGGGCAAACAGCAAAAUAGUGUCCUCAGUGAUCCAAGAAUUAAAAAGAUAAAUUUAAAAAAUGUUAUCUGUCUCUAUAUCAAUUCUUCAACUUGAAAUAAAGCAAAUUUUCAAGUCGCCAUUUCCUUGGGAGUUAUAAGGAAUACUAAAUUAUGGCUACCUAGAACCUCUUCCUAUUGUGAGGAUGAGUGUGGUUGUGAAUAUAUAUUAUUUUCUUAGAAUCUAUCAUGGGUAGUAGGUCAUAAGUGCUUCUCUGAAUAUCAGAAAUACAGGUUGAAUUAGCUUAUUUUGUCAU